UAAGUGGGGGGCUGGGCUAUAUGUGUUGCAUUACACUUGAAAUGAAGUCCAGCUGUUUGAGUUCAAGCAACCCUCCCACACUGCAAAACUGCUGUUAUGCAUCUUGUUAAGGAAGGAGAGAAAGUGAAGAGUACAUAGCAGCGGAGAAACUCUGUUAUAAUAGGAGGGCUAGUGAGGGAAAUGUAUUCCACUUUCAAGGAAGUGUGUUUCACUACAGGCUUGAGGACAUGCAUUCAAGUAUUUUUGGCAUUUGUAUGUUGUGUUCAUGCGGCUAAAAGUGGUGAAAAAGAUAUUCAAGAAUCCUGUGAACCUAUUACAGUACCACUCUGUGACGAUAUAGGCUAUAGCAAAACCAGGAUGCCAAAUGUUCUUGGGCAUAAAAGACAAGAGGACGCUGGGCUUGAAGUACACCAGUUCGUCCCACUUGUUAAAAUUCAGUGCUCUCCAGACUUCAAGUUUUUUCUGUGUGCGAUGUAUGUUCCAGAGUGCGAGUCGGGUGGUACUAGGCGUCCUUGCCGUUCUCUUUGUGAGAGCGCAAAGCAGGGCUGUGAACCUCUGAUGAAUAAAUUUGGUUUGCCUUGGCCAGAAGCACUGGACUGUCGUCUGCUCCCCGAGGAAUCAUGUGUGAACAAAGACAGUAUGCUACAGGAGCUCAGUGCAAUAGAACUCCAGAAAAAGCUGACUAAGUUGGGUGACACUGUUGGAGAGCUGGAUCUAAGUCUUGAGAUGUGCAAAACCAUGAUGACUUACAUGGGUGAAAAUGAGUCGGGCAAACUAGAAGUAAAAAAAUUUCACAAGCUGGUGGAAGAGCUAGGAAUAUUAAAGAGAAUAUUCAUGAAUUAUACCUCUGGAGUUAUGACAAUGCAUCAGAUGGGGACUGCACUUAAAGAGAGAGACAUUGCCCUGAAUUCUAAGACCUUUGAGAUCAUAUGGAGACGCUUCAGCUCUGAAGGAGGCAUGAAAUAUAGCAAUUUUGUGGCAAGUACUAUGAAGAUUCAGACCCUGACAGAUAGAUUCAGGCAACGGAUUAGCGCUGGCCUGGCUUGUGACUGCCAAGUGGCCACCUUCGCUUUGGAAGAUUUCAUCCAAGCAAGCCUCCUGUAGUGCUGUUGCAUCCAAAAACAAGCAAACACGCGCAUUUGCCAUUACUGGUACUCAUAAGGUGAUGAGUACAAUGAUUUUAUUAUGAUAAUAUUUUAUAUCUUGAAGAUUAUAUGUAUCUAUCUGUCUGCUCCUUCCUUUCCCAUCAGAUGCCAUUCACUGUAUGUAAUUGUAGCAUGAAUGUAAACUGUAACAUGCAAAGUAAUUGCUUUAAUAAAAACUAUUACAAUUCAA